AUGGCUUUUCGCUUACCUUUUCACCGUCUCCCCGAACAGAAUCUGCGGGUCAUACCUCGAUAUGCCCAAAGCCCUCGUAACAUCAGCCUGGGCACCCGCAGGAAUCUUACCUCAGCUGCGCUCCGCAGCUGUGUCAGGAACACUAAAAGGCCUGCUUCUUGUAUACCACAGGUUCUGGGGGCCAAUGUUUUUCGGUCUAGUUUUGCUCCCCUUGGGGGCUAUCAGGUUCGCACUUACGCGGACACCAUAGUUAAAGUUCCUCAGAUGGCAGAAUCCAUCACCGAGGGUACUUUGAAACAGUUCUCCAAACAGGUCGGGGAUUAUGUUGAGAGAGACGAGGAAAUAGCAACAAUCGAGACCGAUAAGAUCGAUGUGUCAGUCAAUGCACCCGAAGCGGGAACCAUCAAAGAGCUCCUCGUAAACGAGGAAGACACCGUUACUGUUGGACAGGAACUGGCGAAGUUGGAGCUGGGAGGUGCGCCUGAAACCAAAACGGAGGAGGCAACUGAGAAGCCGAAGGAGCCCGCAUCUACAGAAGAACCCAAAGCCCCCGAGCCAGAACAGCCCAAGUCCGCAAAGGAUUCUGAAAAGCCUGCCGCAUCUGAGCCUGGAUCUUCCAAGCAGCCACAGCCUGCUGCGUCUAAGCCGGAUAUUCCCGAUGAUGCUAAGCCCAGCCCUGGAAAUCGCGAAGAGCGAAGGGUGAAAAUGAAUAGAAUGCGACUGAGGAUAGCUGAGCGUUUGAAGCAAUCUCAGAACACGGCUGCUUCUCUGACUACGUUCAAUGAGGUGGAUAUGUCUUCUCUCAUGGAGUUUCGGAAGUUAUACAAGGACGACGUGCUUAAGAAGACCGGUGUUAAGCUCGGCUUCAUGAGCGCGUUUUCUCGUGCUUGUGUACUAGCCAUGAAAGACAUCCCGGCUGUCAACGCGUCGAUUGAGGGGCCCAAUGGUGGCGAUACCAUUGUCUACCGUGAUUACGUUGAUAUAAGUGUCGCUGUCGCCACCGAGAAGGGCCUUGUAACACCAGUAGUGCGCAACGCCGAAACCAUGGAUCUUGUUGGAAUUGAAAAGGCUAUUGCAGAUCUCGGAAAGAAGGCUCGCGACAAUAAGCUGACCAUUGAGGACAUGGCGGGUGGCUCUUUCACGAUCAGCAACGGUGGCGUCUUCGGAUCCCUCAUGGGUACGCCGAUCAUCAACCUACCACAGACAGCUGUUCUUGGACUCCAUGCUAUCAAAGAGAAACCUGUUGCUGUGAAUGGAAAAAUUGAGAUACGCCCUAUGAUGUAUCUUGCUCUGACCUAUGACCAUCGCCUUUUGGAUGGCCGGGAGGCUGUUACUUUCCUUGUCAAGGUCAAGGAAUACAUUGAGGAUCCUCGCCGCAUGCUUCUUGGCUAG